AUGUCCGCAGCCAGCACAUCUGAACUACCAAAGUACCCCUUCGCCCGCCCCGAGAAAUCCGUCGACCCCCCGGCCGAGCUGAAGAAGCUGAGACAGCAAUGUCCCGUCAGCCGAAUCCAGCUAUUCGACGGUACGCCCGGAUGGAUCGUUACGAGGCACAAGGAGGACCGAUACCGCCGCGAGGGAUACCCUGAAAUACACCCCGGAGCGAAAAAGGAGGGCAUAAGGCCGACAUUCGUUCACAUGGAUGAUGAGGAACAUGCAACACACCGAGCAAUGACAGAGCCCUUCUUCACAAAGUCCGCAAGCACGGCCCUCAAACCGCAGAUCCAAUCCAUUGUCGACUCCCUGCUCAACAAAAUCAAGCAGAAAGGCUGCAAGGACGGCCCAGUUGAUCUCGUCGCCGAACUCGCAACACCGCUAAACCCCAAAGUCCUCCUCCUGACCAUCUUCAAAGUUUCCGAGAAAGACGCCAACGACCUGCUAAGCUCCAAUGCUUCGCUCGGCGGAACAAGCGGAACGGCCACUGAGUCGGGACCCUCGGACGUGCACGAAUUCAUCACCAAGCUAGUUGACAGUCGGAUCGAGAAGCCUGCAAACCCGGAAGACGAUCUCAUUAGCAAUAUCGUUGUCAAGCAGUAUCAGAAAGGGAAGUUCGACCGAGACGGAAUGAUAAACCUGCUCUAUAUGGUUCUUGUUGCGGGCAACACGGCCAUCAUGAGUUCCGUUGCGCUAGGCGUUCUUACGCUCCUGCAACAUCCAGAGCAGCUGGACGAGUUGAAGAAGAACCCGGACCUUGCGGAGAAUGUCGUCGAGGAGGUUCUGCGGUAUCAUACCCCGUCCGCACUGAAUAGUCGACGGGUCGCGAGGGAAGAUACCACGCUUGGUGGACAGGAGAUCAAAGCCGGCACAGGCAUAAUCGGCUCCGUGCGCUCCGCAAACCGCGACGAGCGCGAGUACCCGACCCCAGACAAUUUCGACAUCCACCGCAAGAUCGACCAGAACAAGAACCUGGCUUUCGGAUACGGCCCGCAUAACUGCCAGGGUCAGUGGUUGUCGCGAUUCGAGCUCCAGGCCGUGUUCGCUACGUUGUUCCAGAAAUUGCCGAACUUGAAGCUCGCUGUCAAGCCUGAGGAGCUGGAAUAUACGCCGCCGACGCAGAAUGUGGGCGUUACAAAGCUGCCUGUGUGGUUUUAG